GUCCUUAGAAAACCAUAGCUAAUUCCGUUUUAUUCAUCUGAUCCGUUCUUUUACUGAAAAAGCACGUCACCCGAAGUUUGUUCGGGUUUCAAGUCAAAAUUUUCUUGUUUUGAUUACGUUGGAGGAAAUUUUUAAUUUGACGUGAAAUUGGGUUUCACUGAUUUUAAUGGAAGCUGAAAACCCAUGAACCGGAACCGAUUCUGCGUUUUCUGUGAAGCGACCCGGUUGUUGGUUAAAUUGAAGUCCUAAUCUCAUGAGUGGGAGUUUUCUUGCUGGGUUUGCCUUGCCUCUGCUGCUUCUGAUGGCUGCAUUGCUCAAUUGGAGUUUGAUCUCUCUUGUUGAUUUGAUAGCUUUCCUUCUUAUUCAGUACACUGCACCCAAAAUAGGAUCCCGUUUCGGGAGGAAAUAUUUGUUACUAUGGCCUGUCAUCGUCUUUUCCCUUCUUGCCUUUCUUUCACAAGCUGCAUAUUUUGUUAUAUGGGCCGUUGAAGGUUAUAAACAAAGUGUAGGAAAUGCUUGGUGGAUGAAGCUGAUUGGUUUUAUGAUAAUCCAGUCUUGGAAAUCUCCCACUGUGAUCUAUUUCUUGGUCACACAACUGCUAGUGGUAGUUGUUGCUUUGCUUGAUAUACACGGGAACAGAUUUGGUCUUGUUGCAUGGCGGUAUUCUUGUUGGGGUGAUUUCUUAACAGUUGUUGAACAUUUAGGUUUGUUCCCAUCUUAAAGUUGCUUCCUGUUUGCUUCUACCUGCUGUUCAGCUGGUUGUGGGAAUUAGCCAUCCCUCGUGGAUUUCUCUGCCAUUUUUCAUUGGUAGUUGUGUUGGGCUAGUGGAUUGGUCUUUGACAAGCAAUUUUCUUGGGCUAUUCAGGUGAUAGCUUCU